UUUUAUUAUAGAAUGUGUAACAUAAUGUUUUUUUUUUCAUAGAUUUAUAAACGUUAUAAAUUGUACGAUUAUAAAAGACACUUUUUCAUAACAAUUUUUGUGCGAGUUUGGCAGGUCUUAUUGUAUUCAAUAGGUGAACGGCUUACAUUCAGCUUGUAUGCAACGGAGACAGCGGACUGUAGAAAAAACAAAUUAAAUUGAGCAUGGCGACUAAAGAAAAUUUAAAUUUUGAUUCGGUACCAUUAAAUAAAGAUGCAAUAAAUGAAGCACAACCACCAAAUGAUAAAAUUGAACCUUUCAACUGGGCAGUGUUUCUAGCGUGCGUGUCUGUAUCCACGACCAACUUACAUACAGGAUUCGCGUUGGGAUAUUCUGCCAUAGUCAGCGAACAACUCGAACGGUCACACGAAAUGGGCAUACUGGAAAAAUCUACCUUGUCGUUGAUUACGAGCAGUGUCUCAAUAGCAGCUCCUUUAGGUUGUUUGUUCAUUGCCUAUUCGUUGGAUAAAUUUGGCAGAAUCGGCACGUUUAAAAUGUCGUUGUGGCCUUGUUUCCUAGGUUGGUUAUCGAUCGGAAUAGCCCAGAACACUAGCAUGAUUAUUUUGGGCAGAUUACUUACCGGAUUUGCCAUGUCUGUCGGAACAAAUUCAGCAAACGUUUACAUGGCGGAAAUUUCCACUCCAAAACUUAGAGGUUCCAUGAUGUCUAUCGGUUCUGUUAUGCUGUCAUUUGGUAUUUUAUUAAUGUACACUGCUGGUAUGUUCUUUCACUGGAGAGUCGUUGCUUGGAUAGCGUUUGUCGGUGCUGUCAUGCCUGUUUUUAUGACAGCGUUUUGGACACCCGAAAGUCCACUUUGGCUUAUUUUCAACGAGAAAGAAUCCAAGGCAAUGCGGUCUUUGCAAUAUUUUACAUCAAAAUCGAACAGUGAAUGCGUCGGCAACGCUAAAUUAGAAGAUAUCAAAAAGCUCAAAGAAAAAAAAGUUUUUUUGCUCAGUCAACAAGUCAACGGUAAUUGGUUUAAACGUGCCAUCUGGCAUUUGUCUAAACCAACUGGUUACAAACCUGUGAUUCUGAUGACAAUAUUUUUCCUACUACAACAGUUUACCGGAAUUUAUACGUUGCAAUUUUACGCUGUCAAUAUGUUAAGUAAUAUCGCAAAAGAAAUUGACAUUAAACUGGCAACUAUUAUUUUCGGAACCGUAAGGUUAAUUUUGAGUUUUAUGGCGACCGGUGUGCUACAUAAAUACGGUAGGCGUCCUUUAUGUAUGAACUCUGCAAUCGUCAUGGGGCUCUCGUUGUUUGUUUCGGGAUUAUGUCUUUAUUUAAGAAAGAGCGGCGUAGAAAAUGUUGUAAUUGUCUGGUUGCCAUUCAUUUGCAUGUUGUUGUAUAUUUCGGCCGGUUCCAUGGGACUAAUGUUGAUCCCUUGGAUGAUGCCCAGUGAAAUGUUUCCGACUGAAGUAAAGGGUUUGUUUAUAGGCCCAAUAAUGGGUUGGUGCAAUGCGGUCAUGUUUGCCGCAGUCUAUUCGUAUAAGUAUCUGUUGGACGCGCUGGGCAUGAGCAACGUGCUAUGGCUUUACAGUAGUGUAUCCUUAUUGACGGCUGUAUUUGUUUGGGUGUUUGUACCCGAGACGCACGGGAAAAAAUUGUGUGAAAUUGAGGAAUAUUUCAAAGACAACACUAUUUAUUUGUUAAAAAAUAAAAAGACCAUUAUUGUUUCCAAAAGCCCGGCAGUAUAAUACUUGUUUGUUAUUAUGACUAUAAAAUAUGAUAAUUAUUAUCUCUGAUUAUAUAGUUAUAUAUAUAUUAGAAUACAUUAUUGAUCUAAGUUUAAAUUAUUAAUUAAGUUGUAUGUUGUUAAAUUACUGGUUAGUCAAUUGUAUACUUUAUUUUUCUACUCUACCAGUUGAGUUAUUCUGUGAUAAGCUGCCAUGAUUUCAGAAAUAAUUUUUAUAUUUAUACUUAAAUGUUAACUUGUGUAUUAAGUUAUCAAUUACUUGAUAAAUUACUUAGACAAAAUGUGAAACUAAUGUAUUCAAAAAAAUGUUGGGUUAUUGUUUUUUGUAUACCAAAAUAUUAAUGAAACAAACAUUAACUUAUGAAGAACUGUGUUAAUGAAUAUUUUUUUAUGAUUUAGUGCUAAAUUCUAUUUAUAUUAAAUGUAAUUUAAUAAUUUUUUCGUUUUUUUCCCCUAUACUUACUAUAUUUUUAUAUUACCUAUUUGACUAGCAGAACCUAAUUUUAAAUAUUUUCCAUUUUAUAGUAGAUUAAGAUAUAAGUACAAGGUAGAUAGUGAUUAUGGCUCAGAUGUUCAUGAAAUGCGUUCGGUGAGUCAACAGACUUAUCGGAAUAUUUAUUAUUUUUUUAACGGUUUUCUGUCCACGUAACAACGAAUUAUUUUUAAAUAUUGUGAUGACUAAUAUAUUGUUUAAAAAAAAAAGAUAACUUAGCCAAUUUAUAGUAAAAUAGCUGUAAUGAUAAUAAUACGCGUUUAAAUAUGAUGCGUUUUUAAUAGCCCAAUAUAGACCAGCAAUUUGUGACCAGUAGGUUUUGAAAUUUUUGCCUUUAAUUUGAAACCAUAGAUUAAAUAUAUUGUCACAAAUUACCGAGUUAUU